CUUCUUUAUUAUUAGUGUAUGAUCUCUCCACUCUUUGGCCCCGCACGAAUAAGCCGCGUUGCGGACUUUUCCUCCCUCUUGCGCAGCGUGGUGUAAGUCAUCUAAGAAAAAAAAAAUAGCAUCUGUUGCUCCUUCUUCUUUGGUGUAGCGCGCGUUAUUUUUUCUUUUCUUCCUCUUUUCCUAAUCAAUGAAUGAACACGACAAUUCGCCUAGACGGUCCCGAUCACCGUCAGCGAAUGACGCAGUAGAACCAACAGAACCUAUUCAGAAUGAUCAAGAAGAAGAAGAACAACAACAGCGAACUGUCGGCUCUGAGUCGAUGGGUGACAUUGUUGGCGAAAGCGAAGACUAUCGAACACCACCAACAGAGCACCGCAGGUCGCGUUCGCCACCACGUCAACGAUCACGCUCUCGUGAUGGAUCACUUUCACCACACAGCAAGCGAGCAACCAUUCGAAGCACGAGUCGACAUGAAACAAGUCCCGAUCGUCGUCAUGGUAGUCAUCGCAGCAGUCGUCGCGAAUAUAGUGACGAUGAAGAGUAUUAUUCUCGCCAUCGUCACCGACAUGGAUCGUAUUCGCCUCGACGACGUCGACGAUCAUCUUCACGACGCAGAUACCGAUCGAGGUCGCGGUCACCGUCAAGAUCGAAACGCAGCGGUCGUUUUAAAUCUUGUCGUAUUUACGUGGGAAACUUGUCUUAUGACUGUCAACGGGAUGAGUUACGAAGCUUUGCAAAAGAAGCGGGAACAGUCGUGCAUGUGGAAAUACUGACAUCACCCAGUGGCAGAUCAAAAGGUUGUGGUAUUGUUCAAUAUUCUCGUCCCGAGUACGCAGAGCGCGCAAUGCGUGUUUUGAAUAGAGUCGAGUUCAUGGGUCGACCUGCGUUUGUUCGUGAGGAUCGCGAGCUUGAAACCAAAGUAUCCAAAGAUCCACGUAACGCGCCAGAGGACCAACGCCUGUGGGUUGGAAAUCUACCAUUCUCUACUAGUUGGCAGGAUCUGAAGGAUUUGUUCAGAAAAGCAGGAAAGGUCACCCAUACCGAUAUUGAUACAGAACCGGAUUCGCGACGGUCCAAAGGAACAGGCUUGGUCAUUUAUGAAGACCCGCGUGCUGCCCAAACAGCCAUCAAUAUGUUCGACGGCUCCGAAUACCGUGGCAGAGUACUGCAAGUUUGUGAGGAACGAAACGCGCCACCCCCUCUCCCACCUCAGGCAGAGAUUCGUGAACAGAGAGAGCGAGCGAGUGAGGAGUACCGAGGACGACCACCUCCACCCAGCUUUACUAGUGAACCAUACCCUCCUCCUGUCUUUGACGCCGCUGUUCCACCUCCUCCGCCGCAUUAUGCACCUGUGGGCUUCGUCGGUGGUCCCGGAGCAUCCAUGCCGAGCCACGGACCAAAUCAAAUUUUUGUCACUAAUCUGCCUUUCUCUACCACAUGGCAAGACUUGAUUGACCUGUUCCGACACGUUGGCCCGGUUGUACGCGCCGAAAUACAAACGACGAACGGACAUCCGAAGGGCUCAGGAUUAGUGCGUUUUGAAGAGUUUGCGAUCUGUGAACGAGCCAUAGGCAAGUUCAAUGGAUAUCUUUAUGGUGGCCGUUACUUGGAUGUGCGUCUUGAUAAAUUUUCUACCCCUGGUUAAAAUUGCUGUUUAUCAUUCUUUUCCUUCUCUCCACCCGUAUUACAUUUGCUUUUUUUUCUUAAAAACAAUCCUUCCAAUUAUCUAUUAACAAUAGGAAAAAAGAUAGAAAAUUUUAAAAAAAUACCCAUUUUGCGUGCCAUUUUUUUGUUUACUUGAAAAAGUAUGAUUUCAAUGGCGAUGUAUUAUGACGUAUAUUACACCGCAGGAGUGUUUGCAGUGUGAUUUGUUUCAGCACAAUAUCAUUGGAAGUACGGGCAUUCACUGUGGUCAUGCAGUAUUUAUAAAGAGAAAA